CUCUCGGGUCAGCAGCCCUGUCCAGUAUUUGACCCCGCCUAAAUUAGGAACGCACUGAGUGUGAACGUCCAUCCAUUCAAAUCUGCCCACCCCAGACCAUCUAAACCCGCCUCUCUCCCUCGCCCUCUCUACGGAUCUGCCUUCGACCUGACCUUACCACCGACCAAUGCCCACGCUGUGCCCACCACUUUGCUACACACCUCGCUGUCUAUCUCACUGCCUCAUCACACCAGCCAGUCCACCGCCCUCAUCACUUCUCACUGCGCCCUGGCCUGCAACGCAUUUCCCUUCCUAUUCCCGCUUCCCAUUCCAACUCACCUCGCCUUCCAACUUCGCAGUUCUCAUCCUCCUCCUCUCACUCACCCACUCACCCACUCACCCACCUAUCUAUCGCCGUCGCUUCACAAUCCCUCGUCCUAGAACGCCUACCAAGAUACCUACUUCGAAAUCAUCCCUCGUCUACUCACCUCGACGCCCUCUUCCUCUUAAGCCUCAUUAGACCCUGACUGCUCGCCUGCCCUUACUGUCAGGUCCUCUGAGGUGCGUGAGUCUCUGUGUGGCCUACUUCUACUCAAGAACCCGCACGCUCCCGCCUCUCGGCUCUUAAUGUCGGGCGAUCGCUCCGGGAACGCACCUUCAGGUCCAGGUUCCUUCCGUACCGCCGAUGAGAUAGUCCGUUCUAUCCUCGACGGGAAUGUUUCACGCUCUGAAAUCAGUCCGUCCGGAGAGUUGUAUCGAGCUAUAGAGAGGCAUUAUCCGUACUCUCGGCUUUCUAGUAGUACACACACGGACCUCGUCCAGAACCGUCUAAGCUCCCUAGGUUCUCUCUCGUCGCCGUGGAACACUAUGCCAUUCGAGUCCAAUUCAGACGCCCAGCGAAGAUUCUCGAGAGAGCCGCUACCUUCUGACACGUCGCCCCUGUACAACAUACCCCCGUCUGCGCCCUACUUACCUCCGCUCCGAUCUCUGAACACUCGGCGACCUUCGAAUAUGUCUUCUUCCGGCGGACUAGCCGGGCGGCAUAUGCGAGCACGCGCAUCCGACCGGUACUCGGCAAGACCGCGGGGCCCUCACGAAAGUCGGAACGAAAACACCGAGGAAGCAUCCGAUGCCUGGGAUCAGUUUCAGCCUGCCGAGCGAGGCUUGCAUGGUGCGCGACGGUCUGCUACAGCUCAGAUGACUGGCUUACAAUCAUUAGACGAGGAGCGGCUGCGCGAGGAUACGAAUUCGCAACUGCGAGCGCUUCUAGACUUUACGCAUAGUCCUAGCCACUCAUAUUCUGACCUUUCGUUUUCAUCGCCACCUCCGCCGCCGCCGCAAGAUCCGGUGGAGGAAAACCGGCGGGUGAAGAGGCGCAAAUUAGACUCGGAUCAUCUGUCCAGUGGCUUUCAAGGCUUUCGAUAUGGGAAAUACGGGCAGGUAAAACCGGGCCAGCUGACGAUGGAACUAGUGAGCUGUGAUGGUGGCAUAUACUCGGACAACGGCCAGAAGUAUGCCGCCGAGAAUAUCCUGAAGAAUGAUCAUACCGUCUACUGCACCGAGGGACCUAGGUGUAACAUUGUCCUGAGGCACCAAGGCGCCACCGUCUUCACGUUGCAGGAGUUAAUCAUCAAGGCGCCUAGGUCGGAUUUCACUUCUCCUGUCCAGGAGGGCAUGGUCUUUGUCUCGAUGAGCUCCGAUCAUCUCCUAACGCGGACGGCGCAGUACCAGAUUCAGUACCGGCCUUCUAGGGCUUCGUCUCGACGCGGCGAGUGGGAGUCACAUCCCCUGGCGCCUAUCGUGUCCGUCAGGCAUAAUGAAGACGGGACACUGAUGACGAACGCGCAGAUUCGGGCGAGGCGUCUGUACAAUAUCGGCAUGGAUGACGAAGAUAACCGCGCUCGCGUCGCCCACAUUCCUACGGAAUUCAAUGUCGCGCCGCCUCCUUUCCGGGUUACUACCGAAUGCAGCGACGAUGAGACAGACGACCCGAUACACAGCGAUUGGCGGCCGCCGAAUCGGAUCGGCUCCCUGCCAUUCGAAAGCGAGAGCAGCGACGAGGAGGGGAAUACGGACGAGUACGCGUUUGGUGGCUCGAGCUAUAGACCUCGUCGACGGCAGCGUCGGGCUAGCACUACGGUGACGGAGACGGAGGAGGCAGCGCAGGUAGCCGCGCAGGAAGCAGCCCGUGCCGCCGGGGCCGGAUUGAUGGCUCCGCACGCGCGGUUCUUCAUCGAGCGGAACACGAGCAGAUGCACCAUCAGAUUCGAUCCGCCGGUGUCGGGGCGGUUCAUACUGUUGAAGAUGUGGAGUCCUCACCGCGACCCGGGCGCCAAUAUCGAUAUCCAGGCGGUGAUUGCCAAGGGGUUCGCCGGGCCGAGGUAUUUCCCAUCGGUGGAAUUACGGUGACGGGAGGAGGCUAGACGAGACUAAACCGGCGAGGUCGCCAUUGCUUCAGCAUGGUCGGCCAGCUAAUAGAGGGGUGGGUGUUGGUGGUGAGGAGCAUAUAAAGAGAAGGCGGUCACAACUCGGUUCGUCUCCGCCAUGGCGUCUGCGUGAGAUGGAGAGACUAGUAGACUGUACGUGCUAGAUAUUCAUGUAGGUAUGUGUUGCCGUGUCGGAGUCGUCUUGUCGGUGUUGUCGGUGUUGCCGUCCACGGAGUUGUAGUACAGGUAGGUAGGUGUAUCUAAAGAUAAAUCGACCGAUCACUGCACGCUACAUACCUACGUACAACUCCGACUCGCACAGGGGUGAGCAGGAGGCACUUUGCGAACACGAUGCAGGACCUAUCUGCCAUCUGCGAAUUACUCGAAGGCUGAGAUGGGAGUAUGGUACUCAUAAUAACGACGUGGCGCAGGGCCUGCAAUGAAUAAGAA